AUGGCCACCACCGCGCAGUACUUGCCGCGGGGCCCCGGCGGCGGAGCCGGGGGCACGGGACCGCUUAUGCAUCCGGAUGCCGCGGCGGCAGCGGCAGCGGCGGCGGCAGCCGAGCGGCUGCACGCGGGGGCCGCGUACCGCGAAGUGCAGAAGCUGAUGCACCACGAGUGGCUGGGCGCGGGCGCGGGCCACCCCGUGGGCCUAGCGCACCCGCAGUGGCUACCCACGGGAGGAGGCGGCGGCGGCGACUGGGCCGGCGGCCCGCACCUGGAACACGGCAAGGCGGGCGGCGGCAGCGCCGGCCGAGCCGACGACGGUGGCGGCGGCGGCGGUUUCCACGCGCGCCUGGUGCACCAGGGGGCGGCCCACGCGGGCGCGGCAUGGGCGCAGGGCGGCACGGCACACCACUUGGGCCCGGCCAUGUCGCCGUCGCCGGCGGCCGGCGGGGGCCACCAGCCCCAACCGCUCGGGCUGUACGCGCAGGCGGCCUACCCGGGGGGCGGCGGCAGCGGCCUGGCCGGAAUGCUGGCGGCGGGCGGCGGCGGCGCGGGGCCGGGCCUGCACCACGCGCUGCACGAGGACGGCCACGAGGCUCAGCUGGAGCCGUCGCCUCCGCCGCACCUGGGCGCCCACGGACACGCACACGGACAUGCACAUGCCGGCGGCCUGCACGCGGCAGCGGCGCACCUGCACCCGGGCGCGGGCGGCGGUGGCUCGUCGGUGGGCGAGCACUCGGACGAGGACGCGCCCAGCUCGGACGACCUGGAGCAGUUCGCCAAGCAGUUCAAGCAGCGGCGCAUCAAGCUGGGCUUCACGCAGGCCGACGUGGGGCUGGCGCUGGGCACGCUGUACGGUAACGUGUUCUCGCAGACCACCAUCUGCCGCUUCGAGGCCCUGCAGCUGAGCUUCAAGAACAUGUGCAAGCUCAAGCCGCUGCUCAACAAGUGGCUGGAGGAGACCGACUCGUCCAGCGGCAGCCCCACCAACCUGGACAAGAUCGCGGCGCAGGGCCGCAAGCGCAAGAAGCGCACGUCCAUCGAGGUGGGGGUCAAAGGCGCGCUCGAGAGCCACUUUCUCAAGUGCCCCAAGCCCUCGGCGCACGAGAUCACAGGCUUGGCCGACAGCCUGCAGCUGGAGAAGGAGGUGGUGCGCGUCUGGUUCUGCAACCGGCGGCAGAAGGAGAAGCGCAUGACCCCGGCGGCCGGCGCCGGCCACCCGCCCAUGGACGACGUGUACGCACCCGGCGAGCUGGGGCCGGGCGGGGGCGGUGCGUCGCCGCCCUCGGCGCCCCCGCCGGCCGCGCUGCACCACCACCACCACACACUGCCCGGCUCCGUGCAGUGA